AUGUGUGUUUGGGUUUUGGUUGGAAAAUCCAUUUUUUGUGCUUUCGGUGUGUUUGCUUGGCGGGCAGAAAAUGUACGUAACGGCACACACACCAAGCCGGACCCCAUGAAAACAACCUCUUAUAGCAACCAAAUUAAAGUCACUGUGCUCUAUGCUGCUCUAGAAUUUAGAAAGAUAGAGGCAGGACACGCAGGGAUUUUGGCAUGGGAACUGGGAAGUAGAGUUUUCCGUUAUUCGGUGAAUAUUGAGAAACUAGUUCAAAACAGUGGCAUUGACCAUUGUCUACACUGUAUAUUUUUAAUAAAUGAAGAGCGUGAUCCUGUUUUGGACUAG